GAUCCUUACUUCUGGUAAGCCCUCAAGCGAAACCCACUAAAAGUUUCGUCUUUUUCUUCUUCUCCACAUCAAAAUCUGAUACGGGAAGAGAACGGUGAAGGAGAAGCUAGCUGACGAUACUAAUUUAAGGCAUUGUUGACUUGUAUGCUAUAACCAGGACUGGAUUUUGAAUCUCGGUUCUAGGGUUUUUUCUAGUUGGGUUAAGUUAACAAUGGAUGACCUUGAACAGGCAAUAGUAAUUAGCUUUGAAACUGGUGCUGUUGAUUCGGCGUUAAAGUCUCAAGCGGUUACUUAUUGUCAGCAAAUCAAAGAGACUACAUCUAUUUGUAGUAUAUGUAUUGAGAAGUUGUGGUUUUCUAAGCUUGUCCAAGUUCAGUUCUGGUGUUUGCAAACGCUGCAGGAUGUUUUAAGGGUUAGAUAUGGAUCUAUGAGCAUGGAUGAGCAGAGUUAUGUGAGGAAAUCAGUGUUUUCAAUGGCUUGUUUGGAGGUUAUUGAUAAUGAGAAUGCUGUUAGAGUUGUGGAAGGACCUCCAUUUGUUAAAAACAAGCUUGCACAGGUUUUGGUUACUUUGAUCUAUUUUGACUACCCUUUGAUUUGGUCCUCGGUGUUUGUUGAUUUUAUGCCUCAUUUGAGCAAAGGGGCUGUUGUGAUCGACAUGUUUUGUCGGGUUUUGAAUGCGUUGGAUGAUGAGUUGAUUAGCUUGGAUUACCCCCGGACUUCUGAAGAGAUAUCUGUGGCUGCUCGAGUCAAGGAUGCUAUGAGGCAACAAUGUGUCCCUCAGAUUGCUAGAGCAUGGUAUGACAUUGUAUCGUUGUACAGGAAUUCCGAUCCUGAUCUUUCUGCUACUGUGUUAGAUUGCAUGAGAAGAUUCGUCUCUUGGAUUGACAUUGGUUUGGUUGCCAAUGAUGCAUUUGUUCCACUGCUGUUUGAAUUGAUUUUGUCUGAUGGAUUGUCUGAUCAAUUUCGCGGUGCAGCAGCUGGGUGUAUUUUAGCCAUGGUUUCUAAGCGGAUGGAUCCCCAGUCAAAACUGCCCCUUCUGCAGACCCUUCAAAUAAGUCGUGUUUUUGGUUUAGUAUCCGGAGAUGUUGAUUCUGAAUUGGUAUCAAAAGUAUCUACUUUGCUUACUGGGUAUGCUGUUGAGGUUCUAGAAUGCCAUAAGCGGUUGAAUUCAGAGGACACCAAGGCAGUCUCCAUGGAUUUGCUGAACGAAGUUCUGCCAUCAGUUUUUUAUGUCAUGCGGAAUUGUGAGGUGGAUUCUACUUUUAGCAUCGUCCAGUUUCUCCUGGGUUACGUUUCCACUCUCAAAGGCCUCCCUGCAUUAAAGGAGAAGCAGCUACUCCACAUUACACAGAUUCUCGAAGUGAUAAGAAUUCAGAUUUGCUAUGAUCCUAUGUAUCGUAAUAACCUUAAUUUACUGGAUAAAAUUGGAUUGGAGGAGGAAGAUAGAAUGUCCGAGUUUAGAAAAGAUCUCUUCGUCUUGUUACGUACAGUGGGCCGUGUUGCUCCUGAAGUUACUCAGCAUUUUAUUCGUAACUCACUAGCAAAUGCUGUUGAAUCCUCAUCCGAGAGCAAUGUUGAAGAAGUGGAAGCUGCACUCUCGCUUUUGUAUUCAUUCGGAGAGUCUAUGACCGAGGAGGCCAUGAAAGCAGGAUCUGGGUGUUUGAGUGAACUAAUUCCGAUGCUCUUGACCACACAGUUCCCUGGACAUUCUUAUAGACUUGUUGCACUAGUUUACUUAGAAAACAUAACAAGGUACAUGAAGUUUAUUCAGGAAAAUUCCCAGUACAUUCCCAACGUUCUUGGUGCUUUCCUUGAUGAAAGGGGUUUGCAUCACCAGAAUGUUCAUGUGAGCCGUAGAGCAGGUUACUUGUUCAUGAGAGUCGUGAAAUUGUUAAAAUCAAAGCUUGUACCAUUCAUUGACAAGAUCCUGCAGAACCUUCAAGAUACGUUGUCCCAGUUGACGACUUUGAACUUUGCAUCAAGAGAACUUUCUGGAACUGAAGAUGGCAGUCACAUUUUUGAGGCUAUUGGCAUAAUCAUAGGGUUGGAGGAUGUCCCGGCUGAAAAGCAGUCAGAUUAUCUGUCUUUACUGCUUACCCCUCUCUGUCAACAGAUUGAGGCAGGACUUGUGCAGGCAAAAGCUGCAAGUUCUGAAGAUUUUCCUGUGAAAAUUGCAAAUAUCCAAUUUGCUAUUGUGGCAAUUAAUGCUCUCAGCAAGGGCUUCAGUGAACGUCUUGUUACAGCGAGUCGUCCUGGAAUUGGUCUCAUGUUUAAGCAGACACUGGAUGUGCUUCUAAGGGUUCUAAUUGAAUUUCCAAAGGUCGAGCCUUUGCGGAGUAAGGUCACAUCAUUCAUACACCGUAUGGUUGAUACCCUUGGAUCCGCUGUGUUCCCUUAUCUUCCCAAGGCUUUGGAACAGCUACUUGCUGACAGUGAGCCAAAGGAAAUGGUUGGUUUCCUGGUAUUACUCAAUCAGCUUAUCUGCAAGUUCAACAGCGCUCUCCGUGAUAUACUGGAAGAAGUAUAUCCCGUGGUUGCUGAUAGGAUUUUCAAAGUAAUUCCAAGAGAUGGGCUCCCCUCACGCCCUGGGGCUGUUACUGAGGAAUUGAGGGAACUGAUAGAGCUCCAAAGGAUGUUGUAUACAUUUCUUCAUGUGAUAGCCACACACGAUCUCUCUUCUGUAUUUCUUACGCCCAAAAGUACAGCGUAUCUAGAUCCUAUGAUGCAGCUGCUUUUGAAUACUUCUUGUAAUCACAAGGAUAUUACCGUACGUAAGGCGUGCGUGCAGAUAUUUAUUAAGCUAAUUAAAGAUUGGUGUGCCAAGCCAUAUAGCGAGGAGAAGGUUCCAGGUUUUCAGAAUUUCGUAAUCGAAGCGUUUGCAACAAACUGUUGUUUGUACAGUGUACUAGAUAAAUCCUUCGAUUUCAGUGAUGCAAAUACGCACGCGUUGUUCGGAGAAAUCAUCACGGCUCAGAAAGUGAUGUAUGAAAAAUUUGGUAAUGCGUUUCUCAUGCAUAUUAUGUCGAAAAGUUUUCCAUCAGCACAGAUUCCACAAGAUUUGGCGGAGCAGUAUUGCCAAAAGUUGCAGGGUAAUGAUAUCCGGGGCCUCAAGUCAUACUACCAGUCCCUUAUAGAAAAUCUUAGGCUUCAACAAAACGGGAGUCACACUUCUCUAGAUGUAUAUAGUAUUGUCAAUGUCUACUUGAGAGGCGACAAGUUGUACCUUACACAUAAUCAUGUUCUCCGACUCGAACCAAGGCCUUGCAAAGUUGUUCCAGUGCACACACACUCUCUGAGGCAGAUCUGCUGUUAUUUCUUUUUGCGCUUUGUUAAUAUGCCAACCAUCAGUGUUGGUAGAGACCGUUUGUUCGCUGCUCUUGGACAGUCCUACACUCAGGAAGAAUUCGAGGAUCUGUGUUUUCGUUUCGGUAUCGAGCUUGACGAUGUGACUACUGAGAAGGCAAUUAUCAGGAAAGAGAAGCACAUCGAUGAAGAAGCUGAUGAUGAUGAAGAAAUCAUCUACAAGAUUGAAAUUCCUGCCAACAGAUAUGAUUUGCUUUGCCUCGAAGGGCUUGCUCAAGCUCUUCGCGUUUUCAACAAAAAACAGGAGAUACCAACGUAUACCCUUGCUGACAUUAGCAAAGACAAGCUUCUCAAAAUGAAUGUUAAACCUGAGACAUCGAAGAUUCGCCCAUUUGUCGUAUGUGCUGUUUUAAGAGGUGUAACUUUUGACGAGGCUCGUUACAACAGCUUCAUUGAUCUUCAGGAUAAGCUACAUCAGAAUAUUUGCCGGCGAAGAUCCCUGGUUGCAAUUGGAACUCAUGACCUUGAUACAUUGCAGGGCCCAUUCACAUACGAGGCUUUGCCACCAACGGAUAUAAAUUUUGUACCUUUGAAGCAAACAAAGAGCUUCAGGGCUGAUGAACUAAUUGAAUUCUACAAGUCAGAUAUGAAGCUGAAAAAAUUUCUACACAUAAUCGAGAAUUCACCCGUCUUCCCUGUUUUAUACGACAGUAAGAGAACUGUGCUGUCAUUGCCGCCUAUUAUCAAUGGUGCACAUUCAGCAAUUACCUUACAGACAAAGAAUGUCUUCAUUGAAUGUACAGCAACUGAUUUGACGAAGGCCAAAAUUGUUUUGAAUACAAUGGUUACAACCUUUUCAGAAUAUUGUGCGAGAAAAUUUGAGAUUGAGCCUGUUGAAGUUACAUACGACGAUGGAAAGUCAUACAUCUAUCCGGAUUUAGCUGUCUAUGAUAUGGAAGUUCCUCUCUCUUACAUUACAGACUCAAUUGGAGUCUCUUUGGAGGUGGAACAGGUUACCAGUCUGCUGACCCGAAUGCAGUUGCAUGCUGAGCAAGCAAAAUCUAGUGAUAACCAGUGUGCCAUCAAAGUACAUGUACCCCCUAGCAGGAGCGACGUUCUCCACCCCUGUGAUGUUAUGGAGGAUGUUGCCAUUGCCUAUGGUUUCAAUAACAUUCCAACAAGAAAGCCUGCUUCGAUAAAACCACUGCCUUUGAAUGAGCUGACUGAUCUUCUAAGAAUAGAGAUUGCGAUGAAUGUGUACACCGAGGUGGUAACGUGGCUACUAUGCUCGCAUAAAGAGAACUUUGCGAUGCUAAAUAGAGUGGAUGAUAACUCAGCCGUCAUAAUUGGGAACCCCCGGUCUGCUGAUUUUGAGGCCAUGAGGAGGACUCUGAUGCCCGGGAUAUUGAAGACUGUUGGUUCCAACAAAGACCACCCUAAACCAAUUAAGAUUUAUGAAAUCAGUGAUGUGGCCAUGUUGGACGAGAGCAAAGAUGUUGGUGCAUCCAAUCGUCGCCAUCUCGCUGCACUACACUGUGGUGCUACUUCUGGAUUUGAGCUUAUCCAUGGGCUCGUCGAUAGAAUUAUGGAAGUUAUGGCAAUCCCAUUUGUAAAAAGCAAUGACAAUAACGGAUACUAUAUAAAGCUCUCUCAAGAGCCCGAGUUUCUACCGGGCAGGCAAGCUAGCAUCGUUGUCAGAGGGAAACAAAUUGGUAACUUUGGAAUCGUGCAUCCUCAGGUUUUGAACAACUUUGACAUCCCUGAUCCAUGCUCUUUCGUGGAGAUAGACAUCGAAGCCCUCUUAUAGAAAAAGAAACCAAACCAAAUGUUUUCUUCUUGUUCUUCUUGUCUUUGUGCACUAUCAUUAUCUGGAUUAUUGAAGUCUUGAUUCUGUUUGGUUCGAGGAUCUAGGACAC